GCUGGCUGAUUGCAAUUUGCAAUGGCAUUGCUAUGGCAGGCGCAGGCUGGCAUGGCGCCUUGAGGUGAUCGCAUCCCUGUCAGACAUUAUGGCGCUCAAAGGGGAGCUCGACGGGGAGUACUUCAAAACGCUUGGCCCAACACAGCUGCUAGCAGAGCGGGGGAGGGAGAUUGUGGUGAUCAACCCGGGUUCAGCUUUCCUCCGCAUCGGGCUGGCCUCCCAGAAGGAGCCUUUGUUGAUACCACAUUGCAUUGCCCGCUAUGCACCUGAGCUGGCACAGAAGCGGCAGAACGUCCGGGGGGGCAUAAAUGAAGUCGAUGAAUCGUUACUAGAUCGACGGAAGAGCUCGCUUGAAGCUGGAACCAGUCAGGAGAAGGAAGAAGCAUGUCGACAGAUUGAGGCCCAUCUGAACAUCACUCCAGGAUGGCUGCAAGCUGCGAGUGCAAAAGAGUUGAGCCGUCUGAAGCUGGUGCCAGAAGCUGAUGACACAGGCUUUCACUGGACAAAGACGAGCACAGUUUUACCUCCUCAGACAAAGAACGAAGCGGAACCGCAGAAAGAUUCUGAAGGCCAGGCAAAAGUGGCUGAAAUAUUGGAGGGAGAAAGUCAAAGCAGUGCAGUCCCAACAGACAGGCCAUCGCAAGAUGAGACAGUCCGAAUAGAGAAAGCUGCUGCAGAUAUCGAUGUAGAGAACGGCGUCUCUGAGCAGAAAACAACCGAAUCGAGAGAAGUAGGCCUAGAGAACGAGUUGAGGGAAGGCGAUAGAGGUGGGAAUGAACCACUACACAGCCAAGAAGGCACGAAAGAUGGCGUUCCAUCGGCUUCAGUUGGCCCGCAGUCUACAGACAAGGAGCCUGAUCCUGUUAUGAACCAAGAGGCGGAUGACGUAAGUGGGGCCCCGAAGGUCGAGCACAGGAGAUGGAUCUGUGGCGAAGAAGCGCUCCACAUCGCUCACUGUGACCCGUAUGUGCUGCGACGGCCAAUCAGGCGGGGGCGGUUGAAUGUGUCCAAAAGCUACCCGCUUCAGCAGGUUUGCACCGACCUGUGCGCCAUCUGGCAGUGGGCCCUCACGGACAAGCUGGGGCUCCGACUUUCGGACGUCCGCUCAAUGUCAGCGGUCGUCGUACUGUCCGAAACUUUGCAACCCCGAGAAGCCAAGGAGCUUCUGACCGUAAUCUUCAGAGAUCUCGGGUUUGAGUCGGCGAUUCUGCACCAGGAGUCGCUCGCCGCGCUCUUCGGGAACAAUAUGACGUCAGCGUGCAUCGUCAGCCUAGGAGCGCAGGUGUGCACCGUGGCAUGCGUCGAGGAAGGGACGGUCCUUCCGAGCUCCAGGAUCACGCUGCCAUUCGGCGGGGAGGACAUCUCCCGGGCCCUGCUCUGGAUUCAGCAGCACCACGUGCACGCAUGGCCAUAUGGUGCCUGCAAUCCGCUUGCAGAUGUACAGGACCGUCUACUGCUUGAAAGCCUGAAAGAGGAGCACUGCUUCUUCGGCGAGGGGGGACACGUGGAGCCCUCCGUGCAUUUCAAGGUCCGGGAGAAAGGCGCGUCAACCGAGCACUACGAGAUGUCACUCGUGGGCUCCCCAAACCUCGCACCAGUUGGCCUCUUUUACCCCCGGUUGCUCGCCCCAGAAGAGUACCCCCCUCCGAACGAGAGCGCUCUUUCGGAGGACUAUGAGGAGCUUCUGGAUGACGCGGGCCUGGCCGAGCCCGGGAGACGCGCCUCCGAGCUCGUCGGAGACCCGCUGUACUCGUUUCAGCAAGGGGGUAUGGGGCUGGCGGGAACGACGCUGACGGGGGUGGACGCUGCGAUUGUGCGGAGCAUUCUGAGCACUUACAGCCCCGAGCUCAAGAAGAAGCUGUUCUCGUCCAUCCAACUCAUCGGAGGGGGCGCCCUCAUACCGGGCGUCGUGGACUUCGUGGAAGAGAGAGUGCUCCACUCCAUCCCCGGGGACAUCGAUGUGGACACGGUUGAGGUGGUCAAAAAUCGGGGCGAUCCGAGGACACUCGCCUGGCGCGGUGGGUGUAUCCUAGGCGUACUGGAUUAUUCGGAGGCUUGGAUCCAGCGGGAAGAUUGGGUGGAUGGCGGCGUGCGGCCAGGGACCGAGAAAAAGUAUAAGGAUACAAACAACCUUAGUACGCAAACGUUUUGGUAUUGUUCAAUGCCUGAGUAAGUCAAGCCCAGCAGCGCUAUCCGACGGGGAGGGAUCCGACCUCGCUAGACGAUUAUCGUCAUGCUAUUUGCUUCAUGGUUGGGACCGGACCCCCGCUAGCUUGUACCUCCAUUUACACUGCUUUACAUCGCGAGUGGAUGCACAUUGACAGCUCUUUAUGCAAUCAUACAGAAC